AUGGAUGAACCUGUAAAUUUGUUUAAUUAUCUAGUCGGUGAUCUUAAAGCUGUAGAUAAGAAUGGAAUGAAUGCAUUAAUGUGGGCUUCUGCGGGUGGAGCUUAUGAAGAAGUGGAUGAGUACAUUAAUAAGGGAUAUGAUAUUAAAGCUGUAGAUAAAAAUGGAAGGAAUGCAUUAAUGUACGCUUCUAUGAGUGGACAUGAUAAAAAAGUAGAUUUGUUAAUUAAUAGAGGUAGUGAUGUUAAAGCUGUAGAUGAAAAUGGAAAGAAUGCAUUCAUGUACGCUUUUGAAAUGGGAAGAGAUACAACAGUAGAUUUGUUAAUUAAUAGGGGGAGUGAUGAUAAAGCUGUAGAUGAAAAUGGAAAGAGUGUAUUAAUGUACGCCUCUGAGAAUGGAAAUGAUAAAACUGUAGAGUUGUUAAUUAAUAAGGGAAGUGAUAUUAAAGUUGUAGAUAAAGAUGGAAAAAAUGCAUUAAUGUACGCUUCUGACAAUGGAAAUGAUAAAACUGUAGAGUUGUUAAUUAAUAAGGGAAGUGAUAUUAAAGCUGUAGAUAUAGAUGGAAAGAAUGCAUUAAUGUACGCUUCUAGGUGGAAAUAUCAUAAAACUGUAGAGUUGUUAAUUAAUAGGGGGAGUGAUGUUAAAGCAGUAGAUAAAUUUGGAAAGAAUGCAUUAUUGUUGGCUUUAGAUAGUAGACAUAAUACAGUAACAGAUUAUUUUAUUAAUAGUGGGAGUAAUUUAAAAGCUUUUAAUAAAUUUAACAAGAAUGCAUUAAUGUUGCAUUUAGACAGUAGACAACAUAAAAUAGUAGAUUUGUUAAUUAAUAGUGGGAGUGAUAUUAAAGCAGUAGAUGAAAAUGGAAAGAGUGCAUUAAUGUACGCUUCUGAGAAUGGAAAGGAUAAAAUAGUAGAUUUGUUAAUUAAUAGUGGGAGUGAUAUUAAAGCAGUAGAUAAAAAUGGAAAGAAUGCAUUAAUGUACGCUUCAGAUAGCAGGCUUAUGUGUUUUUAUUUAAAAGGUGUAUAUUAUGAUGUCAGUAUUCAAGCUAAACGUGUUAUCGAGCUGUUGAUAAAAUCUGGAGCUGAUGUUAAUUUUAUAGACAAAAAUGGAUGGAGUGCGUUGAUGUAUGCUGCCAAAAGUGGAGCUAAGCAAAAAGUUGAGCUCUUAGUGGAAUAUGGAUGUGAUUUUCGAGCCCGGAAUAAAGAAGAAGACAAUGCAUUAGAUAUAGCGUCAAGGUUUCACCAUGAGGAUAUUGUUGAGUUUUUGAGGUUCUCGAGGUACACAAAUGUUACUGAUGGAAUAAAAAAACGCGUAGAUCGUGAAAAGGUUUUGGUAAAACCCAAACCAUCGAAAGAAGAUGACAUAAUCAAGCAAGUGCUUGACCUUGACAUAUCAGAAGACCUGGUCAAGAAAACUCUGCAGAAAAGGCUGGAAGAUAAAGGCACAACGUUUGAGAGUGCAGAAGCUUUGACGGAGGCCAUACUAAAAGACAAAAUAAGAAGGCCCAGUACGUCCUUAUCUGGUGACACCUUGGUCUCAACUCAAUUAAAGGAGGGUGGUAUAGAGGUGAAGGAGCUGCUACGAUGUAGAAACUGCUAUGAUAAGGAUGUGGACACAAAAUUUGAACCUUGUGGUCAUCUUUCUUGUAGCAAGUGUGGUUUCCAUGUUGACAUUUGCCCGAUCUGCAAAUCUCAUAUUAAAGCCAAAAAAAAUCUUUCUUAUAUAAUAAUAUUAGCUGUUAUUAUCAAGGAAAAGGUUAAAGAUGAAAAGAUAGACACUUUGCCGUCAAUAUACCCAGAAGCUACAUUGAAAGACCAACAAAGACCUAUUAAUGGUAACCUACAAGAGAAGCACUAUAACAUACUUAGAAGCAAUUACAAAUAUUUAGUUGAAGAAAUUGAUGGACAAUUUUUAACUGAUCAUCUAUUUACCAAAAGUAUAAUAAGUUUCGAUGACAAGCAAGAAGUAACGGCCAUACAAACACGGAGUGGGAGAACCCGAGCUCUACUGGAUAAAAUACUAAAUGCUGGACCAAUACGAGCGUUUCCUGAAUUUAUAAACUCCCUAAAGGAUCAUUAUCCACAUAUAGCAAAAACACUUUACGAUGAGUUAUGA